UAUAGGAGAACAAUGGCAAAGGCAGAACGUCGAGACACCAAAUCGUGUCUCUGGUGCAGAAGUGCAGCUGCGCUUGAACGCAGGUGGCCGAAGGGGCUUUCCAGACGCCGAGAUUCUUGCUUGCAGUUAAAUGAAGCGUUUAAAUGGGGCACAUCUGAACUUUGUUUUCCUUCCUUGUAUUUUUCACUUACGGUGUUGUUGUUUUCCAGUCGCAACUGAGAAUUCAGGGUAGGGCUGCGAAUAUCCCUCGCCUGAAAACCUAGAGAGCUGCUGCCAGUCACUGUCAACCAUACUGAACUAGCUGGAUCAAUUUUCUCACUCAGCAUAAGGCAGCUUCUAUGAUCGCAUGCCUAAUGAACAUGACUACCCAUGGCCCCUACCUAACCAUUGAAACCAAAUCUCUGUUGCAGUGCAUCAGGAAGUGAACGCAGCAUACGGUUUGGGGGAAGCCAACGUCCAGUGUAAACCUUACCCUGUAUUUUAUUAAGGCAGAACGUCGCCAACAUGUCUGUAGUCUCUUUUGCUCAUUCAGAUACAUCUCUGAAUGCAGAGAGCUCUGAAGCAACUUACAGAGAAAGACUGACAUCUCGGCAAGUUGGGGAUGUGUUUACAAUUCCCUCAGUUCAGUCAGGUGAAUCAAAACUAGCUUCUAGUCACGCCACAGACUUUCAGUUAGACAAGAACCCGUUUAAAAUCCCUUCGGAUAUUGAUAUAUUCUUGCUGCGAGACAGGCAGAAGGAAAAGGCAAAAGCGGAGCGAGAGCGAAGGAAGACUUUGAAGGUUCACGAGAAGAUGACCUGCUCCACCCUGCAAGGUGCCAAACAAUCUGGGUUCAAGAAAGAAAUCCAAAUGGAAGAGGAAGCGGAAGACAAAGAGUUGGCUGCAGAAGCAGAGCGCCUGAAAGCUCUCCGAGAAAGCAUCUCUUGGAAGAUAGCAGUCACUAAAGACCAGGUCAUCGAAAGAGAGACCAUGCACGACUACAUCAAUCAGAAACGGCAAAUGUUCUUGCUGCAGUAUGCUGUAACGGUAAAGAAAGAUGAGAUCCAGAAGCUGGAAAACUUGGCCAUUGAAGAAGAAGCAAAGCUGGAAAGAGCCGAGGAAGACCUUGAGAAGGAUGCCGCCAUGUUUGAUGAGUUCCUGAAGGAGAAUGAUAGGAAUUCUGCACAAGCCUUGAAAAUCGCCGAAAAGGAAACCAAAGCCAAGCUGGAAAAGAUCCUUGAGAUCCGAGAACUGACUGCGCAAAUGAUGAACAUCCAAAGCGAGAUCGCCAGGUUUGAAGACACUAUGCAGGAGUACGUGGUAUUCAAGGACUUCCUCUUCCAGCUGUCCCCCAAAGAGUGGCGGGAGGAAUAUGAAAGAAAGCGAAUGAAGGACAAAGAAAAAACGGUGAAACUUGUACCUGACAAAGAUUUCGCACCUUCCAAAAGCCGGGAUUGGCAGCAAAGGAGGAAAAGCCGAUCACUGCCAAAGCACUCCAGUUUUGACCUGUCUGGAACAGAUUUGAGCUCCUCCAGGACUCAAAGCCAAGUUUUUGCUAGAAGGGACUCUAUUAGGCUCAGCCAGGUGUCUUCAAGGCAGAACCUCAGAUCCCAGCUUGGCAAAAGAUCGAGCAUUGCAGGAGACAGGGAAACUCCAGAGAUUCCAUCUGAUGACGAUGACGACGACGAGGAGCCGGUGUUGUACUUCACAGAUCCACACCAACUGCUGAAUCUGUUCACUGAGUUGGAAGAACAAAACUUGUCCCUAAUUCAGAAUUCUCAGGAAACAGAGGAAACCCUUGAUGAACUUCGGCAUACCUUGGCUAAUACGCGGAAUAAAAUGGACCGUGAAAUAGAGCAACUGAAGCAGCUUACAGUCACUCUUCAAGCCAACAUUGUCAAAGAGGAGGAGACUGCAGCAGACCUCGAACUCAAAUCCCGAGUCUUUUCCUUUGGAGAAUACAAAGCUGACGUUCAGGACAAAAUGUUGGUGAGCUUGCAUCGAAAGGUGCUGGAAGUCUACCGGCGCUGCAUUGGGGAAAACGAGGCCAACCUGGGAACCCUGCAGAUGCUAACUGUGAUUGAGCACCAGCUGGACGACUUACUGGAGUGCCUGGAGAGGAUCCCUCCGGCCAAGAUAGAACAAGCUGAGAAGGCCAAGGAGAAGGAGCGAAGGAUGAGGAUGAGAGAAGAAAAGAUAAGGCAGCAGAGGCUAUUACAGGAAGAGAGGCUGCAGCGUGCACUGGCAAGAGCACAAGCUGAUGUUAAGAGAAAGUCUGGCAGAAGGUUGAUAUUCCGGUCUGAGCCUCCUGCCUACAAAGAGAAGGAAGAUGAGGAUCAAGGACUCAUAGACAAGGAAAAGGAAGAACUACUCUACUACUUUACUUAACAGCCCUAAAACUGUAAGAAAUGCUGGAGAAAUGUUUUGGUAGUUAGUACACUUUAUCAAUAAUUUGUUCACUACUUUCAUCCCAUUUCCUCAUUCUGGUUACAUGUACAGCCCCCAGUAAUCCAGGACAGACUACAAGUCAGCUUGUACACUGCUUUUAGUUGGACAAUUCAGUUUUGCCUUUUUGUAAAUAAAACUGCUUUUUUAAAAUCUAA